UCUCUCGCGCGUCCGUUCUUGAUUCAGUCGCCCGCCGUUUCCGUUCUCGCGCGUACGUGCGAACAGCAAGUACGUAGACAUCGGCGAAGAUAACGACAAGUGUAAUACGCGGUCUCGCGCGUGAGUCGUCCUCUCGUGACCGCACGGCGGUGUGUAGCUUUCGUCUCUCGCGGCAAGGUCGAAGGAAGUGCGGUGCGCGCGAUAGGGACGCGCCGCCGCCGCAGUUGGACGAGCGUGUGCCGUUCUAACCUCGAAAGCGGCCCGACGCCGCCGCCAUGCAGCGACCAACGGAGCAGCAGCGGCAAUUACGCGCGCGUGCAUCCUGAUGUGCGUAGUACACCGGUGACGGUUCCGUUUGUACGAGCGAGCGAUGGCGCGCGCUCGUCACUCCCAGUGAAAAUUCGCUUCGUCGCGAAGAGGACGAAGAUCGGAUAACGAUAUCAGCCACGAUAAGAUAUCCCCCGACGCUGACAUCCGGCGUGCGUCGUCCUCUGUUUUUCCUCCUCUGUCUAUCUCUCUCUUUCUCUCUCUGCUUUCCUCGCUUUCUGUGUACAUCCUAGACACCGUGACAAGUGCGUGGUAUGUUCGACCUGACGCGGAGGAGGACUCGACGACGCUGCUGCACUUCCGACCGCGUCACGGAUUCCGCCAGGCGGAUUCCCGUCACGUGACAACGCAUAUCGUCUCGUGCUUUUUCCUCCCGGUGCGUUCUUUGUACCGUCGCGUUGUCGCCGUUGACCGAGACGAGCAAAAUGACGCGGUGUCGUCCGCCGCGAGACGACAUCGCUGAGGUCUGACGGCCGGACUGUGUGACGUCGAGACGUCGUCGAUUCGAGCGCGCGAUCGAAUCGCGUCCCGUACGGACGCCCUUGCACGUGUUCCCCCGUCGCGUUGAUCCCACCUCGUCGCUCGGAGGAGUAGGAUGCAGUCGAACACGAUACUCCGCGACAUCGGCAGCACGGAGAAGCUGAUGGGCAACAACAAUAAUCUAAACAACAACGGCUCGCCGGGGGCGGACAUCAUGUUCCAGAUGGAGGACGAGGGCCUCACACAGUUGGGCAGCGUUUUUCAAUCGGCCUACCAGUCGAUCGUGGGUGGCGGUCCGCAGUAUGGUUCGGAUGAAUUCGGGCAGGACUCGCCGAGGUAUACGUCGCCGAAGGCCGCGUUGUACCCCGACUCCUAUUAUAUCGAUGGUAACACUGCUGGAACUGGUCCUGGUGACCCAUGGUCGACGGGUGCCGGCGGUAGCGUUCAACCUCCCUACAGCUCAUACGCACCCCCUCACCUGGCGCAGCCGGCUUACCCCAUGCACCUACCCCAUGACCCCAUGGCAUACUCGGCGAUGUCGCCGAACGGGGAAUCGACGGCGCCGAUCUUGGGCUCGGCGGUGACCAGUGCGGCUUCCCUGCCGCCGAUGUCAACAUUCCGGGGUAGUGCCGCGGUCGCGGCGAACAGCGGCACGGGGGCACCGUCGCCGGCAUCGUUGCAAUAUAGCCAUAGUCCUGGUGCACCGACGACCGCGCCCUCCGCGCCCAACGCUGCGCCCACGACGAACCAGCAAACCACCCCCGGCGACACCCUCGGCAAGACCCUCGCAUCCGUAAGCACCCGAAUCUACCCCACGGACCAAUCAGUAUCCAGUUAUAGCAGUAACCCAUCAACGCCCGUCAGUUCGCCACCACCUUUAACCGGCUCGGCACCAGGCUGGGCACCUGGAGCCGCGCCAGUGUCCCCGCAUUUCACGGCGGACCCUAACCGUGGUAUUCACAUGCCGGCGCCUGAACAGCAGAGGUUAGACGAUGCCAUCGGCUUCCUUCGCGACCAUGCCGAGUUGGUACAGGGAACCCGAAUGGAGGAACGGCUGGACGAUGCCAUAAACGUCCUAAGGAACCACGCGGAGAGUCAACUGGGCCUUCACCUCGGCCCGGUCGGCCCGCAUGGCGCGAUAUAUUCGCACACCUCACCACCGCAGUUGGAUCAUCUGACGAGUCCACACUCUGCGGUAACGGUAGCGCAACCUCAGGGUUCCUACCCCGGUCUCACACCCACGCCCGACACGGACGGAUCCAUCAAGAUCGAGAGGUUAUCCGUCACGAAUGCCAAAUACAUCUCUUUAGAGAAGAGAAAAGACCCGCCGGACAGCAGCGGCGGCGAGACGAAGCCGUCGAGCAGCGAACUCGCGGCGGCCGGUGUGAUCGGGGCCGCCACGGUGAACUCGACGUCGCAAGGCAAGGGCACCAAGAGAUCGCGUAGAUAUUGUUCGAGCGCCGAGGACGAAGAUGACGAUCCCGACAUGAAGGCACAAAGGGAGAAAGAAAGGCGGCAAGCUAAUAACGCUAGGGAGAGGAUACGCAUCAGGGACAUCAACGAAGCCCUGAAGGAAUUAGGAAGAAUGUGUAUGACACAUUUAAAAACCGACAAACCUCAGACGAAGCUCGGUAUUCUCAACAUGGCUGUCGAAGUUAUAAUGACACUCGAGCAGCAAGUCAGAGAGCGAAACCUUAAUCCGAAGGCUGCGUGCUUAAAAAGAAGAGAGGAGGAAAAGGCCGAGGAUGGUCCCAAGUUGCCGGGCCAUCUCGCGGCGCACAUAGCACAUCCGCAUCCUCAUGCUCAUGCACACUCUCAGGCGCCCUUCCCCGCCUUGCCCGGUCCGCAGCCUUCCCUUCAGCACAAUCCACCGCAACCGCAGUAGCAGCGGCUCAGUGGCGGUGUCAUUCUGUGUUAAGGGGUAGAUACGUCUUAAAAUCGACAUAUUUUGCCGAUAUGACUUGCAUAUCCAUAUGGAAAUACUUUCUGCUCGCGCGAGUCGCGAGAAAAGCGCAGAAAAUUGUGAAUAUUAUACGUGAUGGCGUCGCAUUCGUAGACGAAGAGGCGAUAGAGAAGGAAAGGGUGGAAGAAGAGGGGAAGGGAGGGAGGAAGAGGAAUAUAAGAAAUCCGUUUAGCCGGUCCUGUUUUACAUAUAUCGUUUACUACUUAGUAGCGUUUGUAUAUUAGUAUUUUGUAUGAUUCUACUUAAAGCCUUGGAUCACAUCAUCCUUUGAAAUCACGAUUUAUCGAACAGUGAUCGAGGAAAAGUCUUAGAAUAUUACAGUUAAGGAGCGGCACCGAUAAUACCCAUAACUUUUUGCAGCAGCAGCUCUUUUACGCGUUCGCGGGCUAAAGCAAGCAAGAAGGAAAGAAAGAAUGAGGGAGAGAGAGAGAGAGAGAGAUUUUUCGUAUGCCCAUAUGUAAGCAUAGCGCGCGCAUGUAUAGUUUUAAGAGGCAUCUACCCCACCCCCACGAGGCGGCUUCAAAUUAUUUUUAUAAAUAGCGAGAAAAAGAAAAAGAAACAAAGGAAUAUGGUUCCUCUCUUUCGAGAUAUAUAAUGUGUAGUACGAUCGAGGUUUUAUUAACGGUCGAACUUCGCUACUGACUCAUGUUAAAUUGCCCACUUCUGUGUAUACACUAUUAACAUGUUGCGUUAUAGCGCGCAAUAGCUAGGAGGAGAACUACUCGAGUUGGCGGGAAAACAGAGCCCACGCAUAUACACACACAUACACACACACACACACAAACGUACACGUUGACUAAA